UGUUAAGUUUAAUUAUCAAGAAUUUAAGAAAAGUAAAAAUAUAAAAAGAGAAAUAUGGUUAGAAGUGUUAACGAAAUGGAAUUUAAAAGUAAUUUUUCAAUUGAUGCCAUUUUAUCGAAAAACUCUCAUAAUGGUCAAUUGAAGUCAUCCGCCAAUGUGGCAGUAACAACAUCAAUCAAACAAGAAUCUCAAGAAAGUGCUAAGACACUGUACACUUCGGACGGUGAGUUAUCAGAGGAUUUUGAUAAUCCCAGUCGCACUAGUACACCAAUGAGUAGUGUCGGGGAUUCGGUCUCUUCAGGAGAAGCGGAUAAACUGGACGAUGAUGUUGACAGUGAGGAUGAUCAGAAGAAAUCGAAAAGCAAUGAGAAUAAAAAGCCACCCUAUAGCUAUAACGCCUUAAUUAUGAUGGCCAUACAAGAUAGUCCUGAGCAACGUUUGACUUUGAAUGGCAUAUACCAAUAUUUGAUCAAACGCUUUCCCUACUUCAAAAUGAAUAGAAGGGGUUGGCAAAAUUCCAUACGCCAUAAUUUGAGUUUGAAUAAAUGCUUUGCUAAAAUUCCGCGCAGUUAUGAUGAUCCUGGCAAGGGCAACUACUGGAUAUUGGAUCCUAACGCUGAAGAGGUAUUCAUUGGAGAAACUACCGGUAAACUGCGUAGAAAAAAUCCCGGAGCUAAUCGGGCACGUUUGGCAGCUUAUCGCCAGGCAAUAUUUUCACCUUUUGUUAGUCGGUAUGGCGCCGCGACGACAGCCUUUCCAGCAACUUUGCCUUUUGGUGCAGGUUAUGCUGCGGCUUUAUAUCAACGCUUAAAUCCGGCUUAUCAGCCGACAACUUACCCACCCAGCUUACCCGCAAAUCAAAUGCCGAUUUAUAAUCCAAUCAAUAUGCCAACCGGGAACGGUUUCUACGCUCCGAGUAUGCCAAUGACAGCCGAAUUGUUUCAACGUAUGCAGCUUUUUGGAAAAUUUCCCGCUACUUAAAUUUUGAGGUAAAAUUCAAACGCCAGGCGUUCUCUUUUACCUUUGAAGGAUGCAGCUACCGUACAGUUAGCUCAGCCUUAGUCAUGAUGGAUGUAUUCAGUACACAACACAAAAGGAAAGAAGACUACAGGAUGUAACAUAAUUAAAGAGCUUUAGCUUUUGCUAGAGUUUCUCAGGGAUAAGUGCAUGAAUGGCAUUUCGUAAAGGCAGGCCUUUUACUACCAGCGGACAUUUCCAUUUUGAUUGGAACAAAAACACGUUUAAAUAUUUCUU